UCCUCCACCGGAAAGGUCCUGAGCCAUCCCGAAGUCCCCAACCGCUCGGAGAUCUCGUCGUCGAUCCGCCUCGACCCAUCGUCAUCGCCUCCCCGCCCGGCUCUCCCGAUGGCGCGGCUGCACUGGCUGGAGGCCAUCCUGCCGCUGGGCAUCAUCGGCGGCAUGCUCUGCAUCAUGGGCAACGCCCAGUACUUCAUCCACAAGGCCGCGCACGCAGGGUACGCGUUCUCCUCCCUCUCCCGAUCCGUCUGCUCCGCCCCCCGGAUCCCUCCCGUGCUGACGCGCGAGCUCCUCGCCUCUCUCGUUGUGUGUGUGUAUGCAGCCGAAGCACAUCGGGAACGACAUGUGGGACGUCGCCAUGGAGCGCCGCGACAAGAAGCUCGUGGAGCAGUCCUCCGGCAACUAGGGUAUGGCUCUGCCUUGAACUUUUCCAGAUGUUGACACGAAGCUCUUUCAGAAGCCUAGAACUGCUGCUCUUCAGUUUCCUUGUAUAAUGGGAACCAAGGCUUAUGUUUUUGCUUGAAAUCUCAAACAAUUGGGAGAAUAAUGUGUAUCUUGAAUCUGCUUAGCUGAACAAAGUUGGUAUCCGUUGUAAAUUGUUGUACCCAUUUAUCUCCUUCCAAGGAGUUGACUCAUGGAGAAGAAGAUACUGUCUUAGGUCGCAAUGGCCUUUCACAAGUACGUUCUAAUGUAUCAAUGGUGGGUUCAGACGGA